AUGUCUUCUGAUAGUGCCGCUGCUGCUGCCAGUAGCGGCGGCGCAAGCAACAAUCAGAAGCAACAAAAGAUGUCUCCUCACUUCGAUCCGCUUCUAUUGGCUGACGAUCUGAUUUUGGUCCAAGGCAUUCUGCCUUUUGUUGGUGUUGGACAGUACGCCUUCGUAGGAGCUGUCAACAAGAAGAUGAAUCAACUGUACAAAGAAUACUGCAAAACUGAACUAAAGAAAAACCCAAGAAAGGUAAAGAAUGACCCUGGAUGGGUUGCCCCUUUAUCUCGCUCUGCAGAAGUCGCUGAUACUCUUUGCAGCGAAACAUUCUGUAACCAGCCACGUGCAGAAUACUGGCUCAGGGGAAAAUCCAGCAACAAAAAACCUGGUCAUCGUCAUGUUUGCAAUGUCAUUGCCAAAGUUGGAAAUAUUAUGGUCAUGCAGUGGGCACAUCAAAAAGGAUUCCCAUGGAAUUCCGGUACAUGUGCUAGAGCUGCUGAAAAUGGACAUUUGGAAUUGCUCCAAUGGUUAAGAGAGAAUGGUUGUCCAUGGGGCGAAUGGACAUGUCAUGAUGCUGCUAAAGGAGGACAUUUGGAAAUUUUAAAGUGGGCUCGUGAAAAUGGUUGUCCAUGGAGUGAAUGGACAUGCUGGUUUGCCGCUCGAAAUGGUCAUUUGGAAAUUGUAAAGUGGGCUUGUCAAAAUGGUUGUCGAUGGGAUGAGCGGACGUGCAGUGCUGCUGCUGGAAGUGGACAUUCGGAAAUUUUGAAGUGGGCUCGAGAACAUGGUUGUCCAUGGGAUGAAACGACAUGUGCCGAAGCUGCUGAAAAUGGUCAUUUGGAAAUUUUGAAGUGGGCUCGAGAACAUGGUUGUCCAUGGGAUGAAGGCACAUGCCAGCAGGCUUCUCAAUUUGGACAUUUGGAAAUUUUGAAGUGGGCUCGAGAACAUGGCUGUCCAUGGGAUGAAGCGACAUGUGCCGAAGCUGCUCGCAAUGGACAUUUGGAAUUGCUCCAAUGGUUAAGAGAAAAUGGUUGUCCGUGGAAUGAAGAGACAUGUCGCGAUGCUGCUGAAAAUGGACAUUUGGAAAUUCUGAAGUGGGCUCUUGAAAACGGUUGUCCAUGGAAUGAACAGACAUUUUCCUAUGCUGCUCGCAAUGGCCAUUUGGAAUUGCUCCAAUGGUUAAGAGAAAAUGGUUGUCCGUGGAAUGAAGAGACAUAUCAAUUUGCCUGCGAGACUAACCAAACCGAAGUGAUCCAGUGGCUACGUGACAAUGACUGCCCUGGGUCUCAUGAUGAAGGAAACUAA